AUGUUUACCGGAGUGACGCCGGAGUCACUCAUUCCUCGCUCAGAUUCACGAAAUCCAGCGACCACGUGCAAAGGCCUUACACAAUCCGGGCGACCAUGCAAACGGCCUAUUGACGCGAAGGAGCCUGAAGGCGAUGGUGUUCUCGCCCACAAAGACCAGGCCGAGACGUUGGCCGCGAAAGAGUCGACAGGACCAGAGACGCAAUUGUACCCGCUGAAAGAGAGGAGUAGCAUUGAUACACUGGUGCAACGGCUGGGUGUUCUGGACAUCGAGGAGCCGAAUGAAGCUGCUCCACGCAAGAGGAGAAGCAGUGGCCAUAGAAGAAGAUCUGGGUCUCGACCACCCAGACGAAUCAACCGGCCACCGACGUGGGAUGCUGUCCAGGAAACACCCAUGCAAGAUAUCCCACAACCACAAUCACAACCACCACAACCACCGCGUGCACAAGGCCAAUCUCGAAAAAGCAGCAGCCAACACUCGCGCCCUUCGAGCUCUCGCAAGCCCCUCAGUGAAAAGCCGGCCCGACCGGUCAACAAGUCCAACAACGCCAGCUCCGACUCGGAAACCGCCACGCUCCUGCGCUACAUCCCCACCUCUGUCCCCCCGAAACUGGCCUCAACCCUGUUAGCGGAACUCUCCAAGCCCAUCUCCCCCCACGACGAGGAAGGCUUCAUCUACAUCUUCUGGCUGACGCCCGAGGCUGCGGGCCCAGCACCCGCAUCCGCAGCCAGUAAUUUGCUGGCGCCACGGGGCGAGGGGUCGAGGCGACGGACGUCGGAUGUCAUGAGGCAGUAUUCUGUCAAAGAGAAGAAGGGCGAGAAAGCGGGGGGGGACAAGGGAGGCAAAGAGACGAUUCUCCUCAAGAUAGGCAGGGCGAAUAACGUGCAUCGGCGGAUGAAUGAGUGGACGAGACAAUGCGGGUAUAGUCUUUCGCUUGUGCGGUACUAUCCGCAUGUUUCGUCUGCGACGCCAUCGCCUGCGGGUGGUGGAGGGUUGCAAGCUGGGGGUGAUGGGGCGGCGGCGGGAGUGCGCAAGGUACCACAUGCGCAUCGGGUGGAGCGCAUGAUUCAUUUGGAAUUGGGGGAGCAGCGCGUGAUUAAGCAGUGUGAGGCCUGUGGGAAGAGCCACAAGGAGUGGUUUGAGGUCGAGGCUACGAGGGAGGGGAUUAAGAAGGUGGACGAGGUUGUGAAGAGGUGGGUUGAGUGGGCGGAGAAGAGGAAUGAAUGAUGUGAUAGUUGGAUGUAUUUGGGUAGCUGGCAUAUCAACAUACGACCAUCAUCAUCAAAGAUUCACGCACCAG